UGUACACCUGCCGAGCGCUACCCCACAUUACUGGUAUUCCCACUUUAGAGUCGUAUUUCAGAAUUUACUAUGCUCUCUUGUUGGUGUCGUUGCUAGGUCGGUAAAAACCUGCCCAGGUAUGAGUAGUGAAGUCGAUUAGUAUUAUGUGGGAUUCCGAAACUGUUAUGCGUUUGCGUUUACCGUGCGCCACGAGCCUGCCGCGUGUUGGAUUGGGUCGACAUCAGUUGGAGCACUGUCCACGGUGCUGAAAGUCAAGAGUCUUACCCUAAGUGGCGAACAGAGGCAGCUGAGGCGUUCCCGGGUAUAUGUAUAUGAAACUCAAAUCUUGAGAUGACGCGGAAAAGGCUGCAAUCUGUAGCUGUAUGGGGAUUCUUCGCGUGGGAAAUAGCUGUGUUGCUAAGUCUGGUGGCGUCUAAAGAGCCAGAGAGUCCUCGGGGGAGAGCAGUGCAUCCUCCGUCACCCUCCGACUUCUUGGACAAACUCAUGGGGAGAACCUCAGGCUACGACGCCAGAAUUAGGCCCAACUUUAAAGGUCCUCCUGUGAAUGUAUCAUGCAACAUAUUCAUCAACAGCUUUGGCUCCAUAGCUGAGACUACAAUGGACUACAGAGUGAACAUCUUCCUCCGUCAAAAGUGGAACGACCCCAGGUUAGCGUACACAGAGUACCCUGACGGUUCUCUGGACCUGGACCCCUCUAUGUUGGACUCUAUCUGGAAACCUGACUUGUUCUUCGCCAACGAGAAAGGGGCCCAUUUCCACGAAGUCACCACAGACAACAAGCUGUUAAGAAUAUUCAAGAACGGCAACGUCCUCUAUUCUAUACGAUUGACAUUAACCCUUUCCUGUCCGAUGGACCUGAAGAACUUCCCCAUGGACGUACAGACGUGUAUCAUGCAGCUAGAGAGCUUUGGCUACACAAUGAACGACCUGAUCUUUGAGUGGCAGGAGAAUGGACCAGUCCAGGUAGCUGAUGGGUUGACCCUCCCACAGUUCAUAAUGAAGGAUGAGACGGAUCUGAGAUACUGCACCAAGCACUAUAACACAGGGAAGUUCACGUGCAUCGAGGUGCGUUUCCACCUGGAGAGACAGAUGGGUUACUACCUGAUCCAGAUGUACAUCCCCUCUCUCCUCAUCGUCAUCCUCUCCUGGGUCUCCUUCUGGAUCAACAUGGACGCCGCGCCCGCUAGGGUGGCACUGGGCAUCACCACCGUGCUCACCAUGACCACCCAGAGCUCCGGUUCUAGAACGUCUCUACCUAAGGUAUCCUAUGUGAAGGCCAUCGACAUCUGGAUGGCGGUGUGUCUGCUCUUCGUGUUCUCCGCUCUGCUCGAGUACGCCGCCGUCAACUUUGUCUCCAGGCAACACAAGGAACUCUUAAGACUCCGGCCGCGGAGAACGAAGAAGAAGGACAACGACGUGAGGGAGAGCCGCCUCAGCUUCACCGCCACGACCGGCGGUGGCGGCACGGCGGUCAAGGACGGCACCAUCCCCAAGGCCACCAACAACGCCGCCACCACCCCGGGCACCGCGGGGCCACAGCCCGCCCAGCACCCCAAGAAGGACCCGGCCACCAAGAGCCACGAAGAGAUGAGAAAGCUGUUCAUCGACCGCGCCAAGAAGAUCGACACGGUAUCGCGGGCGGGUUUCCCCCUGGCCUUCCUGUUUUUUAACAUUUUCUACUGGGUCCUGUACAAGAUUCUCUGGGCUGAGGAUGUGCACAAGGACUAGUACAGAACACUACAGUACAGUAGGGUACAUUACAGUACAGUAGGGUACAUUACAGUACAGUACAAUGACACAAGGGAAAGAAGACCCCGGUCCCUCCUUACAAUGUGGGAACUGUUUGACAUUAACAUUUGGCAGUUCACCAACUACCUGGGGUUCCAAAACAAAGUCCUGCCAAGGUUUUAAAAAAGAGGAUUAAGGAGAUUACUUAUACUCGGGAGAUGAACUGAGUAAUUACAGAGCAGAGUUAUGUCCGUAUCGCCCACCAACAACAAGAGAGGACAGACACCGUGCUCACUAUGCAACUGGAGACCAGUUUGGAGUAUCGGACGAGUCCCACUUCACCACCCUACACAAUGUGCAGUCAAAACAGGAGCAAUGCUUUUAUUCACCUCUGCAAACCCUCUGUCACAAACACAGACACACAGGACCUCCCAAACACUGUACCCACACUUGUGUCUUACAGCUUUACUGCCAAUGUUCUAUGUACAGUACAGUUUCCAUACAACACUGGUAAACAAGGAAGAACUUCCAGUACACUCAAGUCCUUUGUAGGUUUUCCACCAGAUUAUAGUGUAUCUUUAUUAUAACCAUCAGAUGUUUGUUAUAAUUCUCAGAUAUAAAAAGCUGCCACUUUGACACAUUUCCAAGCUCACUAUUGUGGGUUAAAUGUCCCGUCCCUAGUGUUACUCAUCACGUACAGAAACGUAAUUAACCUCUUUGUGACUUCGUUGAGUGAUUCAACUCCCCAGGUCCACACUCAGCACAAACUCAACUACGGUAUUAACAUGUUUUUUUCUCACCUUCAUUUCCUUCAUUUCCUUAUUUCCACAAAAUGAUGAUUCACUGUUCCGUUCACUCGGUCAAACAAACCACUGCCGAAACAAUCAAGUCAAACAGGGGGCCAAAUAUGUGAAUGCGUCAACCUUAAAUUACCUAGAAUCUCAACACAAGCUAACACAGGAUCGACCAAAGAGGUAACCUACUGAGAAAAACUGAAUGAACAACAUGAAAGUAGAAUAUAAAAAGAGAGAUCUGAUACCGAUGUAGUCACCGUGAGUCCCCACUGUGAAUUUGGAAGGCUGAGGAUAUCAUUAAAGUAACUGCCGAGUGUUUUCAGAUAUCUAUUAAAUAUGACAUAUUAUUUCUUACAAAAGGAGUGAAAUAGUUUUCUUUGCUAAAUGUUUUAAUUAAGUAUGUUAAAAAAGCAGGUUUUCUGUGUUUGAAGGGUGUGGACGUACCCCAACAACAGAAUGGUGUGGGUGUAUAAAAAUAUUAACUCGAGUAGACUGCUGAUUGGCCAGCUCAUCCUCCUCUAGACUGCUGAUUGGCCAGCUCAUCCUCCUCAGGGAGAUGGCAUGUUCUAUGAGGAAAUGGCAAGCAUUUUUUAAACGGUCUGUUUGAGAUACAAGUUUGAGGUGGGGUUUUUGAAGUGGUUUUUUUUUUUCUCCAAUUUAUGCUUUGGUCACAAAUACGAGUAUAGGACGAGUCAGCAACAUUAUUUGGAAAUUAGUUAACAGAAUAUGAACUUUUAAAAGGGAGAUUUUCACUGGGCAGUUACUUUAACAGUAUAUAGCCAUAAUACUAUACACACAGCCUGAAUCAGGCCUUUCACUUCCUGGUUUACAACUUGCCUUUCAAUAUAAUCUUUAUUUUAUCAUUUUUCUAUCAAAUGCUCACAAAUUACUAUUGCUCUGGUGUCACUGAGCGUAUCACUCAGAAACUGUGUUGGUAGCAGUACACAACCUUGGGGAGCACCAUCACAAUUAAGUUAUAACUGAUCUAGGUUCGGUAUCCAGAGUACCUAUAUUUGAAUAGUUACAUGUAUGGGAUAUAAGACUUUUAAUUGAAAGGAAUUCACACUCUCCAUAAUUUGGGGGGUAAAAGUGCAUGUAUAGAGAUGAAGAAAGAAUUUAGAAUAGAUUGUAAUUGUUAUGAUGAAGUAACAUUUUAUUUAACUAUAUUUAAAAAAUAAUUAUAGAACUGAGGGGUUGUUUACUUUGUACGGUAUGUUGAUACACUGGAAUUAUUAUCAACAGAGCUGUAUGAACAGGCAAAUUAUCGGAAUAUCGGACAAAUGGGCAAUGAUUCAGUCGUAUCAUAUUCUUGUGUUUGAUCAAACCUGAUGACACACAGAGACAGUAUUAAACUCCAGUGUAAAGACCGGACCUAAUUUUAAGAUGACUCACAAUGGAGAAGACAAUGAAAUAUAUUUAUGGAUACAUCUAUGAAACGUGCAAUAUAUCAAUCUCCUCUCCAUUUUCUAGAUGGUUGACGGGUUCUUGUACUCCAAGACUGUUGUGAUGUUUUUUGAAAGAUAUAAAAAGAUAUUUGGUAAGGCAAUUCCAGAAUUUUACAUUAUUUAAAAACAACUACUGAUUAAAUCUAUGAAGAGAUACUGUGCCAUAUACUUUUGGUAAAAACAUAUCUAUACUCCCACAUUCCUUAAUAAAGUGACAAAGCUUUCAUAUAGUUCAACAGAUUUUAAUACCACUUCUACAUAUUAGUAUUUGACACAGUUAUACACAAUGUGAAGGCUGAAUUAAUAUACGUUUCAUGUACAUUUCUAUUGCAAGUCUAUUUAAAUACUUUAUUUUGUACAAAAAUGACAGUAUUAUUAAAUGUUAGAUGCAUGAACUGAAUUCAAUGUCAAUAUAUUUAUUUUUUAACUUGUGUUUGACCUGUGUUUUAGUUGCUGCUGUGAUGAGAACACAUGUGCUUUUUUUUCUCCAUUAUAAUGUACAUCUGUAAAUACUUUUCAUAAAUCUA